GCCUAGGUCCGGGUACUUAAAGCAGCGCGGGCGGGCUAAGGCGGGCGGGCGGCCCAGUCCGGUGGCGGCAGAUGCACCCAGCGGUGGCAGCCGCCGGCGGCGCGCAGGUGACCGGCCUGCAGCGCAGCCUGGUCAGGGAGUGCCCUGGGAGAGCUGGCAGGAGCUGGAGACCGAUCCGCCCCCAGCGUGCGCGCGUCUCGGCGCCAGGAGCCGUCCCGGGGCGUGUUGGCGAGCGCUGAUAUAGAUAUAAGGACAUUUCUCUCCAUGGCGUCACGUGACAUAAUUACCACCAGAAUCAAUCAAGAUGAAUUGCACGUCAGCGCCCGGUGGGGAUUUUUGCUUAGUUGAUCCUGGCCCAAGCCUCUUGUGCAAUCGAUGGCUCAGGUUGGAGGCGCGGGGAGCGGCCCGAGGCUUGCCGGCGUGCACGCCGCGCAGCCAUGAACGACUUUGACGAGUGCGGCCCGAGCGCAGCCAGCAUGUACCUGCCGGGCUGCGCCUACUACGUGGCCCCGUCGGACUUCGCCAGCAAGCCGUCGUUCCUCUCGCAGCCGUCCUCCUGCCAGAUGACUUUCCCCUACUCGUCCAACCUGGCGCCGCACGUCCAGCCCGUGCGGGAGGUGGCCUUUCGCGACUACGCCGGCCUGGAGCGCGCCAAGUGGCCGUACCGUGGCGGCGGCGGUGGCGGCGGGGCGGCGGAAGGCGGCGGUGGCGAAGUCGAGGGCCCCCCGGGGGAGGCGGGGGCCGAGAAGAGCGGAGGCACAGUGGCCCCCCAGAGGUCCCGGAAAAAGCGCUGCCCCUACACCAAGUACCAGAUCCGCGAACUGGAACGCGAGUUUUUCUUUAAUGUAUACAUAAACAAAGAGAAAAGACUCCAACUCUCUCGGAUGCUCAACCUCACUGACCGGCAAGUCAAAAUCUGGUUCCAGAAUCGCAGGAUGAAAGAAAAGAAACUGAACAGAGACCGUCUGCAGUAUUUCACUGGAAACCCCUUAUUUUGAGAGCUCCAGGAAGCGCCCCCUCCCCAGAGCCCCACUCACCCACCCUCCUCCCCACCAGCCUGCCCUCCGCGGGCCCAAUGUCCUUGGGUUCAAUGACGCCUCUUCUCUGUGGAACUUCACGAUUCCUUCUGGCGGUCAACUCGGGACCUCCCAGCGACCACUGCAGCCUGAGGACGAGGCCGGGGACUUGGCCGAGCGGAUCCUAAUAAGGGGAAAAUGGUAAAUGCAAUCGUCCCUUUAUAAUUUUACCGCCAAUGUGCCGUUGUUGCUUGCCCCUCUCCGAGUCCUGGUGGAUGCGGCGGGAUCUGUAGGGAGCUAGGCCAAGGGGCUAGAAGGAGUCGGUGUUUUGUUUCGAGUUUAAGAAAUCCCUUUCUUCCCCCUCAGUGAACACAGAUUAUUUAAACUCUGGGAAAUGUACCUUUGGGCAUGAGUCACUUGUC